GAGGGCUACAGCGCAUUCACGAACCGAAGGGUACAUCUGGCUCCCGGAUGCGCUGCCGAAGAGAGACAUUUUUCACUCCUCAGUCUUUUUGUGGGGGCCUUCUCACGGAAUCCAGUACACCAUGCUUUUGCCUGCUUCUCCGCGCGCUCCUUCACGCCGCCCUUCCUCGCCCGAACCCUGGCCGCUUCUAGAUUUCCUACCGCUAUCACCCACCGUGCAUCCGCAGUCUGGCAUCGGCUCUCCCCUGAUUUCACCCUUGGUAUCUCCACAACGAUCGCGCGCCACCACCCUCGAUUCCACCCCUUUAGAGCGCACCUCCUUUCCGAUUUUCCGUAUCCAACUAACACUCUUCUACUACGACAGAGAGCGCAUUGUAAAGAGCAACACGACCAUAAUCAAAGGACACUACUUCACUGCGCAGCAUGCGAAUAAGGCGGCGCUGGACCUGGCAAAGUGCUGUCGCAGUGAAGGGGACGUGGUCAUGCUGAUGGAUCAGAAGGUGUAUAGUGAGAAAUGCAGGCUGAAGAACAAGUUUGUGAUUGGGAAGUGGGAAGCGGAUGUGGAUGCUGCGGCGUGUAAUCUGCGUCUCAUGGACGAGGUACAGACAUUCAUGUGGAGGAAGGUGGAGGGGGUGCUCAGUGGGGUGGUGCGGAUUCUUGAGGGGAGGGAAGCGGAUCUUUCGCGCGGCUGA